AUGAAGUCCAUCUCCGGCCACAUCAUAUGUGCCACGAUUGCCUUCGGGCUUCUCGGUUCUGCAAAAGGUUUAGAUGAAGGUCUCAUUGCUGAUACAGUAGAUCUUCCCUCGUUCAUUCGUGAGUAUGGACUCCAUGCAUCUGACCUGAGCGCGGCCGAAAAGGCAAACCGAUUGUCCAACAUCACUUCCAUGGUUCACCUCGGCAGUUUACCGGGAGCAGUCCUAGCUUACUUCUUCAGCGCUUGGAUGGGACCGCUAUGGACAAUGCGAGAGAUGUGCUUCCUUUGGAUAAUUGGCGUCAUCGUCGUCCUUACGUCAGACGGGGGAUAUGGUCAGCUCAUUGCCGGUCGCUUCAUCUCUGGCAUGGGUAUCGGCCAGACAGGCAUUGUCGGUCCCAUAUACCUUGCUGAAGUGGCACCAACGUCCCGCCGCGGUCUCUUGGUUGGUAUAUACGCUUCAUCAGAGUAUAUUGGGAUUUUGAUCGGAUAUUUUGCUGGCUAUGGUGCCUCACUUCAUUUGUCAAAUACAAGCUCUGAGCAAUGGAUCCUUCCUCAAUCCAGCCAGAUAAUGAUGGCUGUUGUUUUGCUCUUAUUCUCUCUGGGUUGCUUGGAAAGCCCCCGGUAUCUGUGCGAGACAGAACGCCAAGGCCAGGCUGCCCAGGCUCUAGGGCGAUUACGACAAAUGCCUGAUGACAGCCCAAGUAUCUUAGAAGAACUGAACUCGAUCCUCAAUGAACUAAGUACCAAGCAGACUGACAAGAAGCAAUGGAUAUCACUAGAGCCAUGGAAGCUGCUUUUCAAGAAGCGUGCUAACCUUUUCAAGCUGGCUUUCCUGCUAUCUGCCCAGGUUCUCAGUCAAUGGUCGGGUACAAAUGCUAUUACAACUUAUGCUCCUAAAUUCUUCUCAUUGCUCGGUGUCACUGGGCAAUCAGAGAAGCUUUUGAAGACAGCGAUUUUUGGGGCUGUAAAAUUUGCUGCUGCCAUCCUGUGUGCACUUCUUUUUCUUGAUCGCAUUGGGCGUAAACGCUGCCUUAUAUCUGGAAUCACUCUACAGCUUUUAGCUCUUCUUUACGUUGCACUUUUCCUUACGGCAUCAUCGUCUUCGGGAACAAAAGCAAAUUCAUCGGAUAUGCACAGGGCGGAGAUAGCUGCUAUUGCAUCCAUCUAUGUGACAGGAGUCGGAUAUGCUUUUGGUUGGAAUUCUAUCCAGUACUUGAUCAACACUGAGAUCCUUCCAACAUCUAUCCGCGCGCUUGGUACAAGCAUUCUGAUGUUGAUUCACUUUGCCAUCCGGUUCGCCCUUGUCAAGGCUCUCCCGUCGAUGAUGUUGGAAGAUGCGCUACAACCAAAAGGCACAUUUUGGUUCUUCUUCACAGUCGCUUUCCUGGGUUUGAUAUGGGCAGUGUUUUUGCUACCGGAGACGUCGCGGAAGGACCUGAAAGAAACUAGUGAGAUGAUCUCCUAG